AUUUUUCUCAGCCAUUACUUUUGAACGCGUCAUCACUAAAACAACCAUCUUUCUCAAUUUCUCUCUUUAUGUUAUCUGUGUUCUACUUCUUCUCUUUCACAUUCUUCUUCUUUUAUCUUGAUUAAAAAAAUCGAUUAAUCAAAUCGAAGCUUCACAAAUUCACUUACCUUUUCCCGUUUUCUCAUUCUCUUCUUCCUCUGAGUGUUGUUCUAGGUUUUCUCCGGCCAUCCUCCAUGGCGACGUCGUCUAUACGCAUUGCCUGUGGCGGAAACAACCGUUUCACCGCCGGGGUUGGUGGUGUUAAUAAGAGGUGUGAUAUUUGUUCUGUCGCGAUCGGUGAUUGGAGUCGAUCAACGGUGAUGAAGGGGAGGAUGAGGAUGUCAACGGUGGCGACGGCGACGGCGAGCGGACAUGAGAAUGGAAUGAUAAUGGAGCAACAGAGGAAGCGUGGAGGAGGGAAGAACGACGCUGUUCAGGCUCAGGAGAGGCUUGAUCGGUGGAUGAGGGAAUCGGUGGUGGAUAUUGUGAAGAAUUUAAGGGAUGCACCGUUGCUUGUGCAGGUUUUUUCAAAGAGGAAGGGUGAAACAGUGACGAUCGCGACGGAGACGGAGAAAACCGUUAUGGUGGAGGAUUGGGAGGCGGUGAAGGAGAGAUGGGAGGCGGGAGAGAGUCCGAUGCCGGAGGGAGUUAUAUUCGUGGAGGAGUUAGGUGAAGAUGAGGCGGCGGAGGAAGACGGUGGAAGGGGAUUACAAGAAAGAACGACGAAGGUGUGGGGGAUAGUGGUUCAAGGGAAAGGUGUUGGAUGUGGACCGGUUUGUUAUUUGCUGAAAACGAGCCGGGUCGGAGCAGGACCCGGUUCGGGAAUGGGUGUUUUCUCGACCCACUUUUGUUUGGUUAGAGUGAAGAGUUUUAGGGAAACUGCACAGUCUCAACUUAAGAAUAGUUGGCUUUUACAGAGUCAAUGGCUUCAAUGAUGCAGAUUAUGGAUAUUCAGUGUUGUACAGUUUUGUAUGCAAUUUUUUCUAAUUGCUACAAUUACCAAUUGAGUACUGUGUAUCAAUGGUGUGGAUCUGUAUAGGGCUAAAGCCAUUAUCAUUAGCAACUAAUUCGGUUGAUUAAUCGAUCAAACUCUGAAAAGGGCACUUGUUUCUUGGGGAUUUUUACUUAAUUGAAUUAUUUGCUGUAAUUAUUGAUCAUUAAGGGAUCUCAUUCAAUACUCUUUCCGUUUGCUUUA